CCCCUGCAAGGUCGGCGGGAAUUGACUACAGCAAGGACUCCGCUCCCGUUCUGGCGACCCUGUCAUGGCAUCCAACAGCAUCUUUGACUCCUUCUCCAACUACAGCAGCAAUCUGCUCAGAGAGCCGCCCACCACCAGACGGUUCACGCCGCCCUCCACGUCCUUCCCCUGCAGUAAGAUCGUAGACGGCAACGGGGCCAUGGCCACCCCGGGGCCCCUCAGGUCGCGACCGGACACCAGGAACGUGGUGGACGUCCUGGCGGACCACGCCGGCGAGCUGGUGCGCACCGACAGCCCCAACUUCCUCUGCUCCGUGCUGCCGUCUCAUUGGAGGUGCAACAAGACGCUGCCCGUGGCUUUCAAGGUCGUGGCACUCGGCGAUGUGCCCGAUGGGACGCUGGUCACCGUGAUGGCCGGGAACGAUGAGAACUACUCGGCCGAGUUGAGGAACGCCUCGGCCGUGAUGAAGAACCAGGUGGCACGCUUCAACGACCUGCGCUUCGUGGGUAGGAGCGGACGAGGGAAGAGCUUCACUCUGACCAUCACCGUGUUCACCGGGCCCCCGCAAGUGGCCACGUACCACCGCGCCAUCAAGGUCACCGUGGAUGGACCCCGGGAACCGCGCAGUGAGUAA